AUCGUGAGCUUGUAACGUUGACCUGCCCUAAUGAGACGCCUGGAAUACAGGUUAGACAUAGGCUAUUUACUGACUUCAAGGUUGGUUGAUCUGCUUCCAAUUAUUAGAGGGAUUCCGUGAUAUAAUUGCAAUGUGACUUAAUUAAUAUCAACAUGGCGCGGUGCUGGCAAAAUGAUGGUGUACUGUACAUGGUAGUCAUCGUGAUGGACACGUGAUCUCUACCAUUUCAUUAAGUUCGGAAACCUCUCAGCUAAAACGAGGAUUGCAAGUAUUCUACUCGCCAGUUUUCUCACUCAAAGUACUCUGUAAGGGUGAACGAUUUGAAACGGAUCAAUAUCUGCGCUUUAAUAAGCGAAUGUACAAGGUAUCAGUGCAUCUUUAAGUUUAUGUUUGACGGGAAUUUCCCGUGGGUCAUCGUAAGAUUGAAAGGAAGAUAUCAAAUCUACAUGUGCGGAUCAUGCGAAACAAAGGUUGCGAUUUCUGUAAAGAGCAAUUGUUAGACAGUUAAAAUUUUAGUUUUGGGUAAUGCACGAUUCUGCAACAAGAAUCGCGGUUUGAUGGAGUUUCCAGGCAGUUUAACAUCUACGUUUCCCAAUGACACAAAUUUCACAGACGGAACUCUUCGUAAGACCUUGUCUACUGUUAAUCUCACUCAAUCUUUAUCACGUUCUGGAUGUCGCCCGACUUGCGAACUACAGCUCGCAGAAUGAUCAUGUUUAUAACAAAUGAAUAAAGGGGUAAGUUUCUAAAGAAACUGUGGUGCUGCGUCGGUGGGAGAGUAUAGCAGGUAAUUUAGUGUUAACAACUGGGUUGAAAACGUAAAUUAGCCACCGUAAAGAGUAAAAAAGCUGACGUUUCGAGCGUUAGCCCUUCGUCAGAGGCCUUCGUCAGUCGCCGAUUUCCUAUUUGCUGGCACAACCAUCAUAUUUGGAAGACACAUCGGGAUCAACAGGUUAUUUCGUUCCAACACUUGAGGUGACACUACCACGAAUUAUGGCGCUAGUGUUUCAUCGCUUAUUUGGACAGUUCAUUUGUCCUUCUUUUUUUACUUAACAAUUUGUAGAAGAAUUUCCAUGAAAUCAGAAAGAUUGUUUUUAAUGUUUUUCACGUAACGGCUUGGGGAGUACCCUUUGUGAUCACUGUGGUUGCUUAUUUCUUCAAUAGUUAAGUUAACUAUUGGCAGACCUUGAAACUGGGUACAAGUGCUAGAUCCGGAAUGAAAAAACUUGGCAGACAAUGUGCAUCUGGACAACUAUUACAGGAGAAGGCUGGGCCAUCAUGACAUGCAUCACCAUGACUGUGUUCUACCUACUGGUCAAGCAGCGCAUAAGAAGAGAGGUAUUCAAAAAAACUUCAAUAAGGUCAAAAACAUUUGAUUAAAAUAGUGCUCAGAGGAAUAGGUUAAUUCUGCACUCAAGCUGGGUGGCCCAUCCAAGUGGAGCCAAUCCUGGUUUCUGUUGCAUGAAGCCAGAAGGGUGCCAAUCCAUCUCAGGGUUAUCCUAAUAAGCUUUUGUCAGGCUUUUACAAUAGUUUGCCAAUAAUCAUUUCUUUAUAUCCCCAAGAGGAGAGAAGCAUGGGGAGAGUUCAAUAUGCAUAGUAUCCAAUUUCUUCUCACAUUAUAACCCUUAUAUCAAAAUCAAAUCAAAUUAAAAAAAAAAAACAAAUUCUCCCAGCCAUUACCUUACAUUAAAAGUUUAAUGCCAAAAAAAUAUAACAUAAUAACCAGUCAGCACUCCAAUUGGCACUUCUUUGUCAAGUCUUCAGAGCAUUACCCAGUAGCUGGGCUAAAUUUCAUUCCACUGAGGAUAUGAAUGAGAUGAGAUUCCUAUCACUUUAUUGGUAUACAUAUCCUUGUUAAUAAGUUGGGAGAAUUUGGUGUUAGAUCAAGAUAACAACUUCUACCUGAUACAUUUGAGUAUUCACAUCACCUGUUUGUUGGAUAGUGCAUGGAUAUUGUAGGGAGAAAUUACUUGUUAAUCACUUCCAGGAGUUAAAGGGUUAACUUAAUACUGGUAACUAGUAACUUGGUUCUCUUUCUCAGACUCUGCCUACUCUCCUUCACUUAGCACCUGUAGCUCCCUUUUUCUCUUUGAUAACCUCAUGGUCAGUCUAGCUGGCAGAGCUACAUUAUAAUGAACAAUUUCUUUUCUCUUUUUUUUAGCUGAAGUCAAGAUUUUCUCCAGGAAGCACAUUUUUUACGUGGAAAUCUGGUCAUGUUGCAAGAAUGAUAGACUGCAAAUUAACAUUUAUUCCCAUGAUAUUUAUUCUGGAGCGUAUUUGGGGAACCAUACGACUUUUCCUCCUUGUAACACAUUUUCGCAAUCAUAGAAAAGAAAAUGUUACUUUACAGAGGCUUGAAAUUCUUCAUGUCAGUCCACUGCCCUAUACUAUCACUGAAACACUGAUUGAUGGAACUGUAAUAUUCUUGUGUUAUUCAAUGCAUCAGUAAGAUUUAAUUGCUAAAUUACAAACAUAUUGUCUUCUUUAUGCUCUGAAGAGUUUGCAGGCCCUGAUUGUUUGAGGCUUGGAUAACACUAUCCAUUGGGUAAAUCUCUGUCUGGUGGACAGUGCAGUGCAUUUUGCAAUCACUUAUCUGCUAUGUGAGAAACCUGCUUGUUGAUUUAAAAACCCAGUGGUUGUCUAUAAAAGCCAAUUCCACAUAUCUCAACUAUGUGCUUUUGUAUUUACCCAAAUUUGUGGCGUGUGGCCACUAUAGUUUUUUUUCAGUUUGGUGGGGAAAGGAGAGGGGGGCUGCUUCUUAACCCUUAGUCCCCAAUGAGGUACUUGCAUCUAAUUUCUCCUCACAAUAUCCCCCCUGAAUCACACAUUUAGGACACAAGAAUAGUCGGAAAUGAUCACCAACUAAACAAACUCUUGAUUGUUGAACAAAUUCUCCUUGUCAGUACCUUAGGAAAUGUAAAGAAAAUAGUACAGAUAAUAUGCACAGUGAUGUUAGAGUAGAAAGGGUUCAUGUAUAAACCAAGUUCUAACUUUUACUUUGUAUGUUUUUCUUCUAUGGCAUUGGGAUUAACAGCCAAGGAUUUACAAAUUUCAUCUUGUUUGUCUGGUGUACCACAAAGAUAAGAGAAAAGUUAAUAAUGGGGUGUGUUCAUUGCCUGUCACUUUUUUGCAGAUGUCAUAAAAGAGAUCAAUCAGUAAUUAGCAGAGAGAGGUUUUAUAAAACAUUUAAUGAUGAAUAGAUACUGUCAGUGCUCAUGCUCUGUAGUUGCCUGAAUUACAUUAAAUACUUGUCAUUUGGUUAUAUAUCUGAGUUCUUUUCCAAGAACUAACAGUUAUGGCAAAUGUGUAGUUACAGGAAUUUUUCACAGUUGUUUGGUUAUAACUAAGAUUCUUUUUAUCUCUUAAGUGGAGUAUGUAGUUAUUAUUUAUUCUUGUGUAUGUUUUUCCCAUAUUAAAAUAAAAAAACUUUAAUUUAUGGCUUUAAAGCAUUGCCAUACCUCAGGGAACAGUUAUACUUAUGAAUAAUAUCAAUUAAAGCUGUGAAUAAAGUUCAAUACUAGUGGGGAA